UUGUUGUAUCGUGCCUUGUUGUUUUGAGCGUGGUGCAAACAUUUUCUGAUGUUUUUGGUUUCAUGAUCACUGUAUUGAACUGUUUUUAUCAUUAGGGUAUCUAAGUUUUUGAAAGACUGACGAAAUGGAUAUCAAACCGAACCAUACUAUCUACAUUAAUAAUCUAAAUGAAAAAAUUAAGAAAGAAGAGUUAAAGAAAUCACUUUAUGCUAUAUUUUCCCAGUUUGGUCAAAUUCUGGAUAUUGUUGCAAUCAAGACAUUAAAGAUGCGAGGCCAGGCUUUUGUGAUCUUCAAGGAAAUUGCCAGUGCUACGAAUGCUCUGAGGUCAAUGCAAGGUUUCCCCUUCUAUGAAAAACCAAUGAAAAUCCAGUAUAGCAAGACUGACUCAGAUGUCAUAGCUAAACUGAAAGGAACAUUUACUGAAAGACCAAAGAAAGUUAAGAAACUACCAGAAGAAACUGGGAUUGAAAAUAAGAAAGCGAAGAAGAAGGCUGGAAAGGAGCAAGCACGGACAGCUGCUGCACAGCCAGCUCGUCACCCACUCCAUCCAGUUCAUUCAGGAAUAGGCUCUGCCAAUGUUCCUGAGCAGCCUCCUAACCAGAUUCUCUUCCUGACCAAUCUUCCCGAUGAGACCAAUGAAAUGAUGUUGUCUAUGUUGUUCAAUCAAUUUCCUGGAUUCAAGGAAGUACGGUUGGUUCCGAAUAGGCAUGACAUCGCUUUUGUUGAGUUUGAGAAUGAGCAUCAAUCAGCUGAAGCAAAAAUGGCCCUCAAUGGGUUCAAGAUCACACCUACACAUGCAAUGAAGAUUUCUUUUGCCAAAAAAUAGUAUUUGUACUUAGGACUAGUGAUAAUCAAUACCUUUUUAUAUACAUUUUUAUAUUUAACAUCUGAAAUUAAUUUUAUUUUACACUUAAGUUGUAAAUAAUGUAAUUUUCCAUCUGCUCACUUGGAAUAUUGAUACCAGUAUGUAUUUUAUUUGUUAUUAUUAUUAUUAUUUUGUGGACCCAAUUAAAUUAUAGAUUAUAUAAUUUCUUUCCAACAUCUAUACAUUUAUGAAAUGUAUUAUUGAAGAACACUAUUAAGUUGUUAUCAACUUUGAUACAUUUGCUUGACACAUAAGACCAUUUUAAAUAAUGAGAUGUUAAUUUGUUUAUUUGUAAAAUUUAUAAAAGAAUAAUCAGAAAUAACUUUGAUUUGGAUUUAAUUUUUUUUUU